CGGCUUCAAACUGCAGUCCGCACAUGCAGGUCCCCACCACGCUCAAAGUCGUAAAUUCGUCCCCGUCUAGCCGCCGCUGCUGCCGCUGCAUUUCCAAUGCAAUUUCUCUCUCAUACUUUACUUUACCUCGUCCUUCUGACUUUGGCUGACGACACGGACUGACAGUUUGAUUUUCCCGCGACCCACCACCAAAGUCACUCACUCUGACUCAGUAGUUCGCCGAUUCACUUUCGCUCAUUCAAUAUCUACGGCCGCCCCCCCCCCCCCCUUUGGUUUGGUACUAUACGCCGUCCGUUUAGUCUUCGUGGUACCGCGUCGUGGUGCGUGUCCACCCCUUUUUCCUCCGGCAUUUUCGUACCCACCCGGGUCUUAAUAAUAUAGUGUUAGUUUUUUAAUAUUUCAAUAAAAAAAGUGAAAAAUGUCCACUUCAGACGGACAGGAGUACGAAAGUAAAAUGGACAUCAGUUCAAAAGCCUCCAGUACCUCCUCGAGUACGUCGAACCCCCGUACCCCGCCGAACUGCGCGCGAUGCCGGAACCACCGUAAAAAAAUCGCCCUUAAGGGCCACAAACGGUACUGCAUGUACCGGCACUGUAAGUGCCAAAAGUGCCAACUGACCUCGGAGAGGCAACGGGUGAUGGCGAUGCAAACGGCCCUACGUAGGGCCCAAGCACAGGACGAGGCGAUGUUGAAGAACGGCAAUCUGGAUAUGGCGAUGUUACCGCAGAAAACGCCGAGUCCGUUAUUGAAUGUGGACAGGGCCAGUUUGGAUUGCGACUCGUCGGUGUCGUCCGCGUGUUCGACCUCGAUCGCGCCGUUACCGAAGAAAGUGUCGCCGGUACUGGCCGCACCCGCUACCAGCAGUACUUCCUCCUCGAUGCCCGUUGGACUUGUCAGUGAGGUGGUUCCUUAUGAAUAUAAAGCUCGUCCAGAUGAGCCACAUAGUAUAUUAACUAUAGGACAUCAAAGUACAGACCUCCUAGAAGACUGUCAUAAGCUCCUAGAGAAAUUCAACUACCCGUGGGAAAUGAUGCCCUUAAUGUACGCCAUCCUGAAGGACGCCAGGGCGGAUUUAGAAGAAGCGUCGCGACGGAUAGACGAAGCAUAUUCGGUUCUUCGUGCCAAGGCAGCAGAGGACGCCCUGAGGAACGCCCGUUUCACUCAGCUGUACUACAGGACGUGGGCGGCUUUCCAUCACGCGCCCACGCCCGUGACGGUUUACCAUACGCCCGCGCCCACCUCCCUGGGAGCGGUACCACCAGUCUGUUCCUCUUCUCCCUUACCCUCGUCGCCGCAUAAUUUAAGUGUGAGGAGGAUAGUUGAUUAGAAAUCAAGGUGAGAUCCGUCUUUUGUAUAGUUAAUUACAUAAUAUGUAACCUCAAACUAACCUAAACUAACCAACCGAAUUACUAGUUUAAAACAAAUUUUGUGAUCAAUACUAUGUUUAAGUGAGAACAUAAUAAAAUAAGUCCGUCUGGUGUUGUGUAUUCGUCCUAUAUAUAAAACAAUAAAUAUACUGGUGAAUUCAUUUAAUCAAAUCGCAAUUUAAUUAAUAAAUCUCUUUCGAUAUAUAGUUAAGACAACUUGUUACGUCCACACUAUACAAUUUAUUUAUAUAUUUUAUAAAUUUAUGGCGAUUUGAUUUUAUGUUUUACCUCGUAAUGUAAUCCACCCAUCAGCGUCUAUAUGUAGUAAAUUAAUUAGGUUAGUAUUAGUAUUAUAUAAUGUGAAUAUAAUUAUUAUUAAGAUAAAUGUUAGCAAUAAGAUUUUUUUUUAUUAUUAAAAAAGUUUGUUGAGUAUUUUAUUAACGUUUAUUUUUUGGUGCACUUAAUGGGGCAUAUAGAAGUGAAAUGGCUGUGAAAUGGUGAAUGUAACGCAUAUUUAAAACGAUUUUUUUUUUGUAUAUAACUAUAUUAGUCGUGAAUUUUAAGGGUGUUUGUUGUCGGUUUUUUUUUUUAAUUAUUUCGCUUUUACAACCCCAUUAAAGAAGAUUUUUUAUAUGGAGUGUGUCAUAUUUUAACUAUUGAUAAAACACGAUAAUAUAAUUUCUUUUUGCGUUGUUUAGUUUAAUAAGGGAAAAUUUAGAAAAAAAUUCCAAAAUGAAAAUUGAACUUUGCUUUUAUAUAUUUUUUUUCUGUAAUUGCAUUAAUAUUUCAAAAAUAUCAUUUGGCACUAGAAUUUAAAAAUUCUUUAUCCAAAUCGAUUUGUAUGAUAAAGGGGUUUAUAAUAAUUAUUUAUGUAAUUAGUUUUUAACCCUAUUUAACAUUUGAAUAAAUU